AUGGCCUCUCAUGUGGUAAUACUUAUACCUGGAGGAAAAAGACAAACAGUAAAGACAACUCCUACAAUGCCAUUGAAGCAGAUCGUCAAACUCGUAUGCGAUAAACAAGGUUAUUCAGAUGUAGACAAGUAUGGCUUAAAACAGAAUAAGACCAUCUUAGAUCUUUCCCUUUCUAUUCGAUUCGCCAAUCUUGCUCCGGGCGCAAAACUUGAAUUGAUUCGAGUAACUACGCCAAAGGUUCAUAGCGAGGUUACAAUUGCUCUGCAAAUGGAUGACGGAGGAAGAAUCAUUGGAAAGUUCCCACCGAUAACAACUUUUUGGGAGAUAUUAUUACACUUUGAAAAUACAUCCCAGGACAGGCAAAUUACUUAUAUUACUUCUAGAUCAUUGAAUCUUACAAAACGAACGGCACCAGCACCUCAAAUUAAGAAAACAAUUUGGAAAAAGAUGGGUGGCAAAUCGAAUGAUAAAUUUUUUUAUCAACAACCUGUGUGCUUAUUAUUAAAUCAAGAGUAUGGGACUAUUCCAUUACUUAAAUCAACUACAUUACAAUCUGCUGGAAUUACUUCUGGAAAUGCGGCAUUACGUAUUUUAUUUCGACACACCGAAUUAAGCCUCGAUGAUGUUUUGGAAGAAAUUAAUACUCCAAUACAGUCAUCGACUUCAGCGAAUCCAGUUAAGGACUCAGGGACAUUGGUUCAACCAACAAUUCCACCCAUAUCAUCCACUUCAAAAGUGGAACAGAUUGAAAAAAUUGAUUUAAUGAAACCAGUUGAAAAAACGGUUGAUCCAGCGAAAACUGUUGAAGGGACGGUUGAUUCAACGAAACCAGUUGAAGGAAUAGUUGAUCCAACGAAACCAGUUGAAGGAAUGGUUGGUCCAAAGGAACAAGUUGAAGAAACGAUUGAUCCAACGAAACCAGUUGAAGGAAUGGUUGAUCCAAUGGAACAAGUUGAAGAAACGAUCGAUCCAACGAAACCAGUUGAAGGAAAAAAUGACCCAAUGAAAUCAGUUGAAGAUCCAAUGGAGACUGAAGAAACAACUGUUCCAAUGGAACAAAUCGAAGAAAUGAUUGUUCCAAUGAAACCAGCUGAAGAGACGAUUUAUCCAAUGGAAAAUAUUAACGCUACGACUGAUUCACAGAUUGAAGAAACAGUUCCAUUAAUAUCAUCCACUUCAAAAAUGGAACCAAUUGAUAUGCAAAUAGAAACUGGGACUACUAAAACAGAAAUUGAACCAUCUUCUAUUAUACAAUCCAAUUCAGAAACGAAUACGAACGGAUCUAUUAAAGGGCAGUUUUCCAGGGAUGUUAAAGUGUUUAAUCCCCCGCCAGAAAAUGUAACAAUAUCAACACAGAAUUCUUUUUAUGAAUUGACUCCUUCAGAAUUACAAUUUUUAUUGGCAAAUCAAAGCUCGAAACGAAAAGCCGAAGAGAAUGCUGGAUUCAAAACACAUUCUAUAAGAGAACAAGAAGAAAAGGCAAGGGAACGUAAAUAUCCGAAGACAUUAAUUCGAGUAAGGUUCCCAGAUAGCUUUCAAAUACAAAUGGCCUUUUUAUCCAAAGAAACAGUUGGACAAUUAUAUGAGUUUGUUAGAGGAGCAUUGCGAACUCCACAGCGCGAAUUUUAUUUAU